CGGUUCAUAACUAAAUUGUCCAGUAUUCCACAGGCACACAACGUAUCACCACUCAUAACCGUUCAAACUGCUUUUACUUCGAUAGAAAAUAGAUUUUUCUUGCUUAUGAUUUUUGAGUUUUUUUAACAAUGUUUGGCACUCGUAAUAUUGUAUUAUUCUUAUUUAUAACUAUACAAUCUGCAACAUACUCAUGGACGUUUGGCGAAAUACCGAUUGUAAAUCACAAUUCAACAAUAGAGUAUAUCUUGAGAAAACAUAUUUUUAAAAACUAUGACAAAGUAGUGAAACCUACCAACGAUGAAACUACCGCUUUAGAUGUGAAUAUGAGAAUAUUGAUAAAAAGUGCAGAGUUGAAUUAUGAGAAAUCUCAAAUGAUACUCAGCACAUGGUUCAUAGCGAACUGGAUCGAUGAACGGUUAAUGUGGGAACCAAGUGAAUACGAUUACGUGAGAUCUAUAAUAGUCGACCACCGCGAAAUCUGGCACCCGGACAUCAUGGCAUUCAACAACGUCGACGCAAACAUGGAAGACGAUCGGACGCACGUCAACAGCGUGGUUAACAGAAACGGUGGAGUGAUUUGGGUUGAACCGGUACAGUACAUCAUACACUGCAAAACAGACACAACGAAUUGGCCUCACGACACGCAGACCGGAGUCUUAAAACUCGGGUCGUGGUUAUACUUGGGCAGAGAAUUGAAUCUGACCAUCGACGAAGAUGAAGGAGUGGAAUUGGCCAGUGCACAUACAGAAUGGGAUAUCCUUGACGUAUCUAAAGAAAGACACGCCAGGUACUAUCCUUGCUGUCCGGACGAACAGUACAUCGACGUUGAGUACAACAUCACCGUCAGACGGAAGGUCCAUCCCUAUAAGUCAGUCAUCUAUUUCCCCGCGCUAUGCAGUAUUUCGUUUAAUUUACUAACAUUUUGGCUUCCGUACACUGACAAUUAUUGUAGAUUGUUUGUGAACCUAUUCGACGCACUGUUCGUCACUCUAGCCAUUAUGGUCGUAUACUCAAAAGUGCCAAUCGUUACUUCCACUGUUCCAUUGAUUGUCGUUUACUACACUUACAGUUUGGCACUUAUCGCCGUGACCGCAGUGUUAUCCAUAGCCUUAAAACGCAUGUCUACGGUGAGCAAACCGCUGCCGCAUGGAAUUACUUGGUUUCUUCAAUCCGGUUACCUGGUGUACUUGGGUAUCGAGAUAAACGAUUCGCCUGCCGAUUGUCACAUGCUCUGCGAAUCCGAAGAGACGAUCACGCAGACGACUGACUUGAACGAGAGACGUAAGCUCGCCAAGGUAAUCGACAGGAUAUGUUUCGUGGUAUUCGCAUUCGUCUAUUUGGUUCUACUAUUGCGAUUCAUGCCAUAGACAGACGCUGUAUCGUUAUAAUAUUCCUUAUACGCACAUUGUUCGUUUAAGGCUGCACCAGCGCCUUAUUCAUUAUAAUAUACUUAUCAACGAUUUAUUUUUAAACUAUAUAUUUUACCUACCUACACCUACACUAUAUAAACUGUUGUACUUUUCACUGACCGGAAUAUUCGAAAUUAUGGUAGAUAAAGUCAUUGGUGCAAGUAAUCUAAAGCAGCCAGAAAAUUGGAUUUUAGUUAUAGAUGUUAUUACCUAAUGACUAUGACUACGUCUACCUAUAUGUAUAUAAAUAAUAUAAUAAAGUACAAUAUUGUUCAA